CCUAUGAUUGAGGCUUUGCGAUGCGUGCGUGCCGCUUCGGCCCCAGCGCCCGCUGCUCCGCUGUUCUUGUAGCUCCAGUGUUCGACGAACUGCCCGGCCGCGCCGCAUGGGAGGAGCAGCGUUCCGGAGCGCCGCCACCGCCGUAUUUUCCUCCUCCUCCUCCUCCUCCUCCUCCUCCUCCAUGGCCGGGAGGAUGCGGCGUGUAUGGACCCUUUCCCCGGCUGGGCUUCCCUUGGCCCUUUCCAACUCCGCUUGGCCAUCCCCUUUCCCCAGAAGCUUCACUCUCGUCGCCUCCCCGCCGCCGCUCUCCUCCCCCACUCACCUGCGCCUUCGAGGCCGAGCGGUCGCCCGAGCGCUGCUUCAGGACGCCGCUGCCACGAUCUUCUCCUUCUCCGGCGCUUACUCCCUCGUGCGCUCCAUCGAUGCCCUAACAGAGCGGAACCUCAUCCAAAAGAGCUUGAGCAGGAAGAUCGUUCAUGUAUUGUCUGGGCUCCUAUACAUGUCCACUUGGCCAUUUUUCAGCACAUCAGCAGCAGCACGAUAUUUUGCUGCAGUUGUUCCUUUUUUGAACUGCAUUAGGCUAUUAAGCUACGGCCUCAGAAUUUUCACUGAUGAAAGUCUAGUUAAGUCCAUCUCGAGGGAAGGAAAACCAGAAGAAUUGCUCCGAGGCCCACUGUAUUUCGUCAUCAUACUGUUGCUCUGUGUUCUUGUGUUUUGGCGUGAUUCUCCCGUUGGAAUUGUAUCGUUGGCAAUGAUGAGCGGCGGUGAUGGGUUUGCCGAUAUAGUCGGCAGAAGGUACGGCACGACCAAGCUUCCUUAUAAUCAGGAGAAAAGCUGGGCCGGAAGCAUUUCCAUGUUUGCAUUUGGCUUCCUCAUCUCUGUCGGGAUGCUCUACUACUUCUCAGCUUUCGGAUACUUCCAUUUUGAUCAGCCGGAGAUGGUAGCGAGAGUCGCAUUGAUCUCUCUAGCAGCCACAGUGGUGGAGUCUCUUCCCAUUAGCCAUGUCGUCGACGACAAUAUCUCUGUUCCGCUAACAAGCAUGUUGUCUGCUCUCCUUCUUUUUGGACCAUGAACUCAUCCGUAAUCUGUGUGUUUGAACAUGGCUAGAUGAGAUUGUAAAGAAAAAUUUGAAUUUUAGUUAAAAUAUAUUAAUAUUUUUAGUUUACAAUGUCAAA